CCCUGCAGAGUGAUGAACACUAAUGAAGAAUAUGGUGAAGAGGAGCUUAGUGACUACAUCCUCCAGCUCAGUAUUCAAGACUCCUGCCAGGAGGCCUUUCUGAAAUCUGCAGCAAGUUUAGAAGCACCGACGGAUGAGAAUCUGAGAGUCCUGGCUGCCAUCGAGCAAGGUGAGGUGUUGAUGCUCAGAGGAAUGCUGAGACACACCUGUGCCUUCAGAGAGUCGGACGCUCGCGGCUGGCUUCCCGUCCAUCGAGCCGCGAUGCAGCCGGACCCCGAGGUUCUGCACACCGUCCUAAAAUUGACAGCUCAGGGGCUCAGCCUUGAGGAGAGGACGGCGGGGGGGGGGGAGACGGCGCUGACUCUGGCAGUGACAGCCGGGCUGGUGCAGAACGUGAAGAACCUUCUGGAGAACGGAGCAUCACCUCACAACACCAACACCAAGAACGAGUCCCCGCUGCUGCUGGCGGUGAAGGCCGCCUCUCUGGAGAUCAUGCAGCUGCUGGUGGCUCACAACGCCUGGGUGGAGCAGGUGUGCAGGAAGCGAUGGACCGCGAUGCACGAGGCGGCCAAGGUGGGAAACGUGGACAUCCUGAUGCUGCUGCUGAGGAACGGAGGCCAGGUCAACCAGAAGGACGUGUCGGGGGGGACGCCGCUCGCCGUGGCUGCAGAGCAUUCACACUACCACAUCAUCGAGAUUCUGCUGAACUGUGGUAGCAGCGUGAACGCUCAGGCCUGUAACGGUGAGAGUGUCCUGCUGGACGCGUCCGGAUCAGGAAACACCGCCUGCAUUCAGCUGCUGCUCGACAACGGAGCCGACCCCAACCUGCCCAGCACCACCGGACACCUGCCGCUCCACAAGGCCGCGUUCAACGGACACUUCGAUGCUCUGAAGAUGCUGAUUCCUCUGACCACCAAGAAGGCGAUCAAAGCAGCGGGUCAGAGUCCGGUCCACUCGGCGUCAGAGGGAGGUCAGAGCCGCUGCCUGAAGCACCUGCUGGCCUGUGGCUUCGACGUGAACUACCGCAUGAACGCCAGAAACUCAGAGAACUACAGCGACAUGAGGAGGAGCGCCUUGUACUUCGCCGUCUCAAACGGGGACGUGGAGUGCUCUAAAAUCCUGCUGGCGGCCGGAGCGAAGACGGACCUGGACCCUCUGUGCUGCCUCCUGGUGGCGGUCAGGUCGGGGCGCUACGACAUCGUGAAGCUGCUGCUGGCGGCUAAAGCGGACGUGAACUGUUACUUCACGGUGCUGAACGACACGGUGUUUCCCACAGCGCUGCAGUACUGCCUGAAGGACGAGGUGAUGAUGAGGCUGCUGCUCAACAACGGAUACAAGGUGGAGCGCUGCUUUCACUGCCACCAUGAUGACGCUUUCCGUGAAGCCAAUGAAGGGGAGGGGAAGAUUCCAUUCUGUGAGUUCAUGAGCCUCUGCUGCGUCAUGCAUCUGUCCGGCACGGUGGUCCGGACUCUGCUCGACUACGUCAACCGCGUCCAGAUCUGCUCCAAACUCAGACUGCUCCUGAAGAAACAGAGAGAGUGGCCCGACAUCUGCGACAUCCUCAACAGCCCUCGCUCCCUGCGGCACCUCUGCAGACUGGAGAUCCGGAGGCGUCUGACCCUGAAGAGACUCAACAAACCUGAAGUCAUGGACUCGCACGUUUUCCCCCCCAGACUGAAACACUUCAUACUGUACCAGGAGCUCGACCUCUACAGCCAGGACCUCGAACGCAUCAUAUGA